ACAAUCAUUCUCACAACUCUUAAAUCCUCAGGGAGAAAUGCAUGGUUAAAGUCUUCUGCACUAAGACAUCUCAGAAGAAUUCUAACAAUGAAGAUAACUUGUACAACCUUUGUGCUCCUCAUCCAAAUAUUACAAUCUUUGGCUUCUGACGAUUCACCAUUUCAACUAACUAACAAAGCCACUGGUUUUUGUUUGAUAAAACUAAAUGACUUCUGCUUUGACAUACGAUGGACAAGUGGUGACCGACUUCUGGUUCAAUGGAUUAAGAAGUGCCUGGGAGCCCAGGGGAAAAGUGUGGGAAGUGAAAUAAGCCUCUAUGAUUGUGACGAAAACAGCGAACUCCAAAAGUGGGAAUGCAAGAAUGAAACAGUGCUCGCCCUCAAAGGCCAAGAGCUUUACAUUGAGCUCACUGCAGAUAACACAGCAGUUCUUUCUAAAACAAUGGGACCCAAUAACCACCUCACAAUCUCAGGGACGUCCAGCGGUGCUUGCACAAGAACAUACAGAGAACUUUACACCAUCGGAGGAAAUGCAAAUGGUAGGACCUGCAUGUUUCCCUUCCUGUACAAAGACCGGUGGUUCUCAGACUGCACGACAUUUGAAUCCCCAGAGUCGUGGUGUGCGAUUGAAACUAAAUACGAACAUGAAGUCUGGGGAUAUUGCCCAACUAAUUCCAAAGAAGGCUGGAACAAACACCCAACAACAGGAGCGUAUUACCAGCUCAACACACAGUCAGCUCUGACUUGGCCCCAGGCUGACACCAGCUGCAAACAGCAGGGUGCUUCUCUGCUCAGUAUCACCGAUCCUCAUGAGCAGGCUUAUGUCACAGCACUACUAGGGGCAGAGGACAUGCUUUGGACUGGGCUGAUCCUGGAUCCAGAACAUGGCUGGCAGUGGUCUAAUGGGAGGCCUUACCGUUAUCUGAAUUGGGACUCUGGACAUCCACUUCCUAAUCCAGGACACAACUGUGCAAUUGUUGAUGGUGCUGUACAGUACUCCUGGCAAAGUUCAACAUGCACCAAGAAACUGGGGUACAUCUGCUACAGUAAAGGAGCUCUGGCUCCUCCUACUCAAGCUGUUGAGACAGGAUUUUGCUCAAGUCCUUGGAUUCCCUACAAUGGCCACUGCUUCCACCUCAAUCGUACUCAGAAAACAUGGACUGAUGCUCACAGAGAGUGCCGCAAAGAAGGAGGAGACCUUGUCAGCAUCCGUAACGUGGAGGACCAAAGCUUUGUCAUCUCUCAACUUGGCUAUGCAUCCACUGAUGAGCUUUGGAUAGGACUGAAUGACAGGAAGACAGAGAGGCUGUUUGACUGGAGUGACCACUCUACUGUCAGCUUCACCAGCUGGGAGUUUGGGAAACCAGCUGUCUUAUCUGACCAGGAAGACUGUGUUCUCAUCAGUGGAGAGAAUGGGAACUGGGCUGACCGUAUGUGUGACGAGAAACAUGGCUUCAUCUGUAUGAAGAUGAGUGCCUCUGAACCAUCUGGAAAUGAGGUGGAGCAGAACAUAGGCUGCAAAACUGGUUGGAAAAGACAUGGCUCCUACUGCUACUUCGUAGGGACAGAGACAAAGACAUUUGAUGAAGCCAAAGAUGACUGCAAAAGCUCAGAUUCCUACUUAGCAGAUGUUUCAAAUGGGGUGGAUAAUGCAUUUCUUGUCAGCUUGGUGGGGUUGAGAUCAGAGAAAUACUUCUGGCUGGGCCUCUCAAAUCAGAAAAACAUUGAUGAAUUUGUGUGGACCAACACAGACUCAGUGAGAUUUACUCACUGGAAUGCUGAAAUGCCAGGUCACCGACAGGGCUGUGUUGCCAUGACAACUGGGAUUUUUGCUGGCCUCUGGGAUGUGCUGCCCUGCACCAAUAAGGAGAAAUACAUCUGCAAACAUCUGGCAGAGGGGGCAAUUUUAACCCCUGCACCGCCAACUGUUACCUCUGAGUGUGCGAACGGCUGGACUCGGGUGAUAUCUAGAAACUACUGCUAUAAGUUGUUUUCAGAGUCAUCUUCAAACAAGAGGACCUGGUAUGAGGCCAGAGAUUACUGCAGGGCCAUCGGAGGAGACCUGCUCAGCAUCCAUAGUGCUGCUGAGCUACAAGUGCUACCAGAUCGCUAUGAAGCAGUCUGGAUUGGACUUAGUGCCCCUGACCCAGUCACCGGUUAUGUAUGGAGCGAUGGAUCCGCAGUAAACUUCCAACACUGGGAGGAUGGAGAGCCAAACAAUAAAAAUAAUGUUGAAUCUUGUGCUGAAUUCAAAAUGUAUAAGCAUAAAUGGACAGAGUCUUGGAACGAUGUGCAGUGUGAGAAGUACAAUAAUUGGAUGUGUCAGAUCCGAGCAGGAGUGACUCCAAAGCCGCCUCCAGACCCUGUCAAUCCUGACUACAAUAAGACCUCAGACGGGUGGCUAGAAUGGAAUGGGACUCAGUAUUAUAUUAACAGUAGGUCGAUGGCCAUGGAAGAAGCUCGUCACUUCUGCCAACAGAGGCAUGGUGACUUGGUAACUAUCAACAGCGAGAAUGAAAGUGUCUUUUUGUGGAAACAGAUAUCCAGAAGUUAUGGGUCUUACUGGAUAGGCCUGACAGUAGACCUUGAUGGAACAUUUGAGUGGAUGGAUGGUUCUCAAGUGGUGUUUCAAAGGUGGGAUGAAGGUCAACCCAAUUUCAAGAAUUAUGAUGAGAACUGUGUUGUCAUGAGGUAUUCUAAUGGGUUCUGGCAUGGUUAUAAUUGUGGGCAUGAGCACAAUUUCAUUUGUAAACGCAGUGGCUUGACACCUGCCAACACCACUGUGGCCCCCACAGUGGCCCCUAAAGGUGGCUGCCCACCCGACUGGAAAAAAUUUAACUCUAAGUGUUACAGCAUAAUUAACAACCAGAAAGUAACAUGGGAUGAAGGGAGGACACACUGCCAAAGUAUGGGUGGACACUUGGCCUCUAUUCCCUCAAGACAUGUGGAAGUGUUUUUGAUUACUCAAAUGGCUGACAAACCUACUUCAGACCUUUGGAUUGGUUUUCGCAGUUUAAAUGGUGGUCAAUAUUAUUGGACUGAUGGACGGCCGAGGAAAUAUGUCAAUUUGGGUUUUAAAGGAAUUGGCCGUAGUUCAAUCAUUUAUGGACGCAAGAUUAUGAUAUUUCAUAAAAGGCUGCAGGAUUUCUGGAAUUCCCAAAGAUAUUAUGAAAUUUUCCAUAAUCAACCAGAGAAAAAAUGUGUUGUGAUUAAUACCAAUCCUUCCCUUGGUAUUGGUAAAUGGAUAACAAAGUCCUGCAAUGACACCAAUGGAUUUGUAUGUCUUCGAAAUGUUGAUCCUUCUCUCCCAGACACCCCUGAACCAACAACUUCUACCGACUAUGUCAACAUUUUUAAUGACUCUAUCAAGGUUGUUACUCAACAAAUGACCUGGGAUGCAGCCGAAAAGCACUGUGAAGAUGAUGGCGCCAAACUCAUUAGCCUGCGAAACAAGUGGUCACAGACCUAUAUUGAGCUGCUGUCUUUGAAUCUCAAAUCACCUCUGUGGAUUGGACUGAACAAAGUGCAGACUAAUGGGUAUUUCAAAUAUAUUGAUGGCUGGCACCUGAGCUUUUCUCACUGGGAUAAAAAUGAACCAAGCAGGGACCGACCUUGUGUCUAUGUGGAUGUGGAUGGAAAAUGGAAGACCGCUGUCUGCAACCAGACCAUAAACAGCGUUUGUAUGAAGUCUACAGAUGUGCCACCAACAGAGUCAAGUGGUUUUCCAGGAGUUUGCCCUGAAGACCCAGAUACAUUGAACACAGGCCACAACUACUUUUGGCUACCAUUUAAGGGUUACUGUUACAUAUUUUUCACAGAAGAAAAAGAGUGGGCAGAUGCAUCUGCUAGCUGUGUAAGACAUGGUGGAUCACUAGCCAGCAUUGAAGAUCCCACUGAGCAAGACUUCAUUCAAAGCAAUGCAAGAAUAUUUCAAGACAGCCACACCUCCUUCUGGAUCGGCCUGUUUAAAACUCACAAAGGGGAGUGGUUGUGGUUGGACAAAACAGUCAUGGACUACACUAACUGGGAUGAAGGUCAACCUGAUGAUAGCAGCCACGGAGGGAUUCGUACUUCAGAUGGGACAUGGAGGGCAGGCAAUCAGCACUAUAAUAGACCAUACAUCUGCAAAACACCCAAAGUAUUACCACCAACGCCAUCACUACCAUCACCAGUUGUACGUGAUCCUCGUUACCGCAGCCACAUAGCUUUGGCAGGUGUGCUGGUCAUUAUUGUGAUUGCCAUGGGGGCAGUCACUGCCUUCUUCCUCUUCAAGAAGUCUGGUCGUUGCUUCCCCAUCCCUGACAGGUUAACCACCUUUGACAAUCCACUCUUCUUCAGCAAUGAGCAGUCCCAGUCUGAUGUGGUUGACACCAAAAAACUGUUAGAGAAUGCAGAGGAAGAGAACCCUGAGCCUAUUAUAACUAUGUGAUUAUAAAACAUCUUCUGCACACCUUAUUUUUUUACUUUUAUAACUGUUAGGAUAGUGCUGUGUAUUUUAAUAUUUGUUACAGAUCGGCUGCUGUGUAAAACCAAGAGUUGCAAUGUCUAAUUAACAUUUAACAAAGCAAUAAAUAUAAUAAACAUUAUUAUCAUUA